CUGGUGAGUGACUGGUCUUGGUGCGGGAACCGGGAAAGAUAAAUGGGACUCUGUGGCAAGUGAUGAUCGGUGGGUAUACCAGGGUCAGUGCUGGCACUCCAGCAUCCAACAUUGCUGCGUGUGAAACGUUGAGAAGAUCCGCCGUUUUCAGUUCCCUGUGGAUGCUUUGAGUUCGGGAGUCCAACACACUCGCCCAGGCCGAGCGGGAGCUCCAUUUACGGGGCCACUUGAAGCCAGUGCUGGUGGGGGAUGGACCACUGUGAAGCCUCCGUGAACAGUGACGAGCAGGAUUGGAGCUUGAACAGGGACCCUGGGGAGCAGACUGGCCUCCUGUGGAAUUUGCCCACCGACCAGCCAAGGGACACGGGGAAGCAAGGAAGGACACCAUCUUAUGCAGCUGUCUUCAUCGUGGUUAAUGCCGCACUUGGGGCUGGGCUUCUCAACUUUCCCUAUGCCUUCUACAUGGCAGGAGGAGUGGUGGCCGGGAUAGUCCUACAGAUGUGCCUGCUCCUGUUUAUAAUUGCUGGGUUGGUGAUCCUGGCCUACUGCUCUCAGGUCAGCAGUAAGGGCACCUACCAGGAGGUGGUACGGGCAGCUUGCGGCCGGGUAGUGGGCACCAUCUGCGAUGUCCUCAUCGCCGUCUACACCUUCUGCACCUGCAUCGCCUUCUUGAUCAUCAUUGGCGAUCAGCUGGACAAGAUACUUGCGGCAUUGAUGCACACACCUGAAGGAGAUGAUUUCAUCAAUGGCCACUGGUACAGUGACCGUAAGUUCACCAUCUCUGUCAUCUCCAUCCUGGUCAUCCUUCCUCUCUCCAUACCCAAAGAGAUUGGCUUCCAGAAGUAUGCCAGUCUCCUAAGUGUGUUGGGAACUUGGUAUGUGACCAUUAUAGUGAUCAUUAAGUACAUCUGGCCAGAUAAAGGCAUGAUUAUUGGGAACAUCCCCACCAGCCCUUCCUCCUGGAUGGCGGUGUUGAAUGCUAUUCCGACCAUCUGCUUUGGCUUCCAGUGCCAUGUGAGCAGUGUUCCUGUGUACAACAGCAUGGAGAGACCCACAGUACAGCGCUGGGGAUGGGUGGUGACAGCAGCCGUUGUGAUCUGCCUGUUUGUGUACACGGGCACAGGUGUCUGUGGUUUCCUGACAUUUGGCUCCAGUGUGAACGUUGAUGUUUUGCUGUCCUACCCAUCAGACGACAUCUCUAUGACCAUUGCCCGAGCCUCCAUCGUCCUCUGCGUGCUCACCUCCUACCCCAUCCUUCACUUCUGCGGCAGGACUGUGAUCGAAGGACUGUGGCUGCGUUACAAAGGGGAGGCCCUGGAGGUGGACAGCUCCCGUGAGAGGCAGCGACGGAUACUGCAGACGGUGACCUGGUUUCUGCUGACUCUGGUGCUGGGACUUUUCAUUCCGGACAUUGGGAAAGUGAUCUCUGUUAUAGGAGGAUUGGCUGCUUGCUUCAUCUUCGUGUUCCCAGGCCUCUGUCUGGUCGAAGCAAAGUUUUCUGAGAUCCGGCAAGCAAACUCUGCCAGCUGGUGGUCUCUGGUGCUGUUUGGGAUCUUCAUGGUGUGUAUGGGAACUUUCAUCUUUGGCCAGAGCACAGUAAGCGCCAUCUACCAAGACCAACGCAAAUGACAAUUGCCCCCCCCCCCUCCUGAAACCAUCUUUACCUCUACUCCUGCCCCUCGAAUGCAUUUCACAACCGGCUGCUGGCAAACUGAUCCAGUCUAACGUGAAAUGAACUGUGCCAACAUUACAACUUUUACAGAGACUUCACCUGCUCCAAGAGCUGAGAUGCGAAUGAAGCUGCCAAUGCAAUGGAAUGAAAGUAUCCUGCCAAUAUCUAUCCUCCAGAGUAGAGAUAUGGGACUUUCUUUGACAGUGGAAUGCAACUCACUUUUUCUUCACGUUUUGCUUCUAUGGGCUGCCUUUCUGCCUGCACCAUUGUACAAUUGUAGCUGUAAGCAGUGCUGCACUGGGAACACACUGUUGAGGCAGCCGUUGUCUUCUAGUUGUGGGAGACUUUGGGGUAUAUGUUGGCAAUGACCUCCCAUUCCCUUCCUUACUGACCCAGAGUUACCCAGUGAUAUCUGUAGCGAUGCAUCUGAUAGCGCAUGCGGCACUGCCCUGACGCACACUGGAUGUUUUUGUGUGGCACCCUCUGACGUGAACCUACAAAGGUUUGGUGGAUAUUUUCUUUCCAGGAAUAGUCGAGCACUAUUUUAUGUCUGAAUCCCACCAGUGAGUUGAAGAUGAGGACCAAACGGGAAUGGUGAGGGAGUAUCUCUGUUCACUUAUUACUAGCACUUUGGAAUUCGUCACAAUGGCGAUGGAAGCAUUUUAAAAUCACUCUUUUCUGGUGAAAGUUUCAAUAGAAGGGUUUCGGUAUCACUGCCACUAAAAUAAUGCAUGUUGUCAUUAAGACACAAAUUAGCUAACUCCCUCCCCGAGCCCACCGCUAACGUGCUCUCACUCUCCCACAUACACCAAGAUGCCCCUACUUGCCCACCUUGCUACUAUGGCCAGUUAUGUACAGGGUUCUGGACACCAAAUGGAGCCAGGAAUUCUUCUCAGACUGCCCACUAUGCGGGCUCGGAACUAAAUCUUUUGUAUGAUUCUAAAAAUCGGGCAGGUUCUGAUUUAAGUAAUUAUUAGCAGGGUGCUGAUGUUGAUUCUGUGCUGUGGUGCUGAAGUUAAUUUGAUGACAGCGUGGGACAGCUUCCAAGCACGAGGUCUGCUCUGUGAGCACUGGAAUUUGGUGCAGCCCGGUGUGGCCCUCAGCAUCUGAGAUCUAUACUGGUGAAAUGUCAGCCCAUCCUGGGACUCUUGGGGGGGGGGAAAUGAGAUUCUACUUCUAAUGUCCAACAUUGCAACUUUCAAUAAAGAUACUGCUUUUUUUUUU